UGUAAGGAAUUGCCUCUAGUGAUGUCAGCAUAACCCUAUUUAUUUACAGUAACCUCAAAUGGACUUGUCCUGGAGACUCUGGAAAAAAACAUUCCAAAACAAAAUAGCUCAGCUCAGGCCCAAACGCUCAAACUGCGAGGCGAAUUCAAAAAAAAUGUCUAGGAUUUUGAGUAAUAUUUUAAAAAAUACAAAUAAAAUAGCUACCACUAAAUAUCUAUAUGCCCAGGUCCCCAAGGAGAAACAUGGAAGGGAUGUAAUAUGUAAGCAAGAUCUCCGAUAUUACUCUCAAAAGCUUCCACAAAGAUCUGUUAGAGAAUUAGGCAAAGGAGGACCUAUAACAUGGCGCAAUCUUACUAUAACAUCGUUAUUAGGAGGUGCUCUUCUAGGAUUCAUGUUGUACUUGAAACAUGAAAAAGAAGCAGCUCAAGAAAAAGAGAGAACUCGAAUGUUGGGUAAAGCUGCGAUUGGAGGCAAAUUUGAACUUGUUGAUAGUACUGGACAGUUGAGAACAAGUGACGAAUUUCUAGGACAAUGGAUUUUGUUAUAUUUUGGUUUCACUCAUUGUCCAGAUAUCUGUCCUGAUGAGUUAGAAAAACUGGCCAGUGCAGUAGAUACAUUAGAUAAAGAUGAAAUUGGUGUAAAACUGCAGCCUUUAUUUAUAUCAGUAGAUCCUGAAAGAGAUACCCCCGCUUUGGUGGGAAAAUACUGUAAAGAAUUUAGCCCUAGAUUAUUGGGUUUAACUGGUAAUAAGGAACAAGUGGCUGCCGCUUGUAAAGCAUACAGGGUGUAUUUCAGUGCAGGACCUAAGGACAAAGAUAGUGAUUAUAUUUUAACAGAGGCUCAAAUGAAAGCCACUACUAAGCUAGUGAGAAAUGUAUGUCAACCGAAGAACAAAGCCACUGAUGAACAAAUAGCAGGUAUGCACGCUGGAAACUGGAACUUGGAUAAAAAUGGCAUGCAAGCACCGGAUAAUACACUAGAUUUAGAAGCUGGACUGGGUGUUAUUGAAGUUCAAGCGCCCCCGUCUCUAGCGCCACAUGCCAUUGAAUCGUUAACUCACUGCAAAGAUUCAGUUAAAACUCCAAAUGACAAAUGCGUUGCUGCAAUGGAAAUAGCCAAAUGUAUCUACGAUUAUAAUCCUGCGGCCCCAUUCAAACCACCGCCACCUCUAAAGCCCGAAGUACACGUUAGCGGUAGCUCAUAUCCAGAGCAAUUGCGACACUUGUGGCUAGGGCGUGCGCACACCGACAUCGUUCUCGUCGUCGGUUCAAUGGGUUUUCCGGCUCACCGAUUCGUGCUUGCGGCCAGUAGCGGGGCGUUCUAUCGUUUGUUGACCGUGGAUUUAUUGGCACGUAGCACUAGUGAUUCUAGUAUGGUAAGUUCGCUGGGGGACUUUGCUGAUGAAACCGAAUGUUUGGUGAGGGCAGAACAGAAAACGUGUAAACGAAGGGCUAGUUGUCAAGCAUUACCGACAGCAAGAGAAUUGGAGCAUCCGGCUUUUCAGUGUAUAAGAAACGUACAGCCGGAAGGACAGACUGUAGUCACCUUAUCGAAAUUGGUGACUCCAAGUGCGAUGCAACAGUGCUUACAGUUCGCAUACACUGGCACCGUUGAUCGUAGCGCACUUAAUUUAGAAGAAACUCGUGAAGCUGCCGAAUUUUUAGAGCUGCCCCAGCUUUUAGUCCUAUUAACGAAGCACCCGUUCGUCGCACCCGAUCCUCCAGACGAGAACUACGAGCAAUUCCUAAUGAGAAGAUUCCAAGAUGUCUGUUUGGACCAAGGUCUUUUCGCUGAUGUUAUUUUUGAGCUAGAUGAUGGCGUUUGUACUGCACAUAAAUCGAUGCUGGCAGCACGAUGUGACGUCAUGAAAGCUAUGUUUAGCGGCGAUUUCCGCGAAAGUCAAGCCAAAGUGAUUGAGUUUCCAGGUGUACGAGAAUACACUUUUCAUAAACUUUUAUGUUUUUUGUACACUGAUGAAAUCCCGGCGGUAUCCGCCUCGAAGUGCGUGAAUAUUCUUGAAUUGGCAAAUCGGUUGUGUUUACCUAGACUAGUCAAUUUGGUGGAAAGGCGAGUGAUCGAGGACUUGGAGUGCCUCCAACCUUCCGAGGCAAUCGAACAAUGUUUAAGACUACUAGAACCUGUUAAGCUGCACAAUGGACAUCAGCUGGCAGACUGGUGUAUGAACCACCUGUGCAUUAAUUACAACAAACUAUGUCGAAUGUCGCCGCGAAAUCUGCGCCUGCUUCAUCCAGAUAACCAAGCAUACUUGGUUGAGCACCGAUGGCCACCCGUGUGGUAUCUCAAAGACUACGAUUACUAUCAGAAAUGUUUGGCGGAGCGCGACAAAGAGCUGAAACCAAACGAAAAAAACAACUCGGGAUGCCUCUGCUUUUCACGCAAAUCUGAGUCUGAUCCUGCCCUUUCUUCAAGCAAUCUUUGAUAUUGAUAGGGAUCCUUGAAAACUCUGGUGACACAGGGGUAAUUUAAAGAACAUUUUUGGAUAUUUAUGGAUAAAUAUUUGAUAAAUUUAUGAGAGGAAAAAGAAGUGAACUACAAGUAGGGAACUGGUUUUAAUGUUGAGAUAAUUGUCUGUUAAUCAAAAUAAUUGUGUUGACAGUUUGUUUUUACUAAUAUAAGUUAUCGAUGAGUUGGAAUCGCGGAAACUUUCUUCAAUUACCCUUGUUUCAAUUCCGUGCAGAAUUAAAUUUAUGGUUUGUCAUGAACUAUAGAACUCCGGUGCUAAGGCCAAUAAAUAUCCUCAGAACGCCUGAAAUAAGGGUACGGCACGAAGUUAGCGAUACCAUUUUUUUCAAUUUUAUCAGUACUGCGCCCCUCGCAGACCUAUAGAACUCUUCCGAAUACGAAACAAGAGCUCAUAAAAAAAGUUAGCAGAGCUAUAAUUUAGGCUCCUACUGUUUCCCGGUCGUCUUCAACAAAAUACCUACACACCAACGUCUUUCUGCCACGGAAAUCUGCAAACACUAUGAAAGGCGCCCGCGUUAUCGAUAUUUAAUUUCUAAAUUAGCGGGAAAAUGGAAACGUUAUUAGCUCUCUUAGGUAAACAAAAAUUUCCGAAAUGUCCCAAAACAAUCAAAAACGUCCAAAAAUAGCCACAUCCUGUCGAAUAAGAUAUUCUCGAAAAAAAAAAAAAAAAUUUAAUUCUCUUGAAAAGCAGUGUCGAUAUUAUAUCGAUAUCGAAUAACGUAAUCCGCGUUCGUAGGAUUUCGCCUGUAUUCAAGUUGGUACCCACAGCUUUUCAUGCGACUAUGCUUUCAAUUUUAAGGCGUAGGUACAUGCAUGUUUUCUUGUUUUUCCUAAAGACAUAUUUCUUGUAAUAUUGUCUGACAGUCAGUAAAGUACCUACUCUCCUUUGUGGAAGAAAAAGUAAAUUCGAUAUUUGAUUUUCAUCCAGUUUCUUCUUUCUUUUUUUUAGUAUUUUCCUGCCUGCAUGCCUUUAUAUUAUAAAAACCAACGGGGUUUGAACCUAUUCAGCUCUCGAGUUUUUGCGACAAAUUACUUUCAAAAUCAAUUUUUAUCCAUAAAUGUCCUACUCAAUUUAUUUGCUCCUCUGCACUAAUGGAAUCAUGUAACAAUUAAUUAUUUAUCUAUUAGUGGAUAUUUUGUGCCCAAUUAGUAGUUAGUAUAAUACUUUCUUGGCUGACCUAUUAUACGAUUGCCCAUAAAAUGGAUCUUCGGCGAAGGGAUUACUUUAUUUUGCUUUUGAUACAAAUUUUUUUAAUAUUUCGCUAGAUUUUGCUGCUUUAUUAAUCUAUAGGUACACCCAUGCCAUAUUAAAAUCAAGAAAUUUGAUUUUUUUCUCCAACUAGAAAGAAAGUUUGCGUAAAUUGUCAAUAGACGUCGAUCAAAGAAUUGUAGCUGUGAAAAUGUUUAAUAAGUUUGUGUGUUACAUGCAAAACUAUAUCUGUGUACGUAACAAUAUACAAUAUAAUAGAGUACAUGAACUAUUUGUAAAUUUUAAGGCUGUGUUGGUGAGAGUUUUAAUAGAUUCAUAUUUCCUAUCAAGAUUCCAGGCAUAUUUUGUCGUAGGUAAUGUACGAAGAUGUGGUAGUUUGAAGAAAAAUCUGUUAUUUAUCUUAAGUUUAUUGUCAAUAAUUGAAAAUGAACAAAAAUAUCAAUACUCAAAAUUUCAAAAUGGCUCAUCAGAAAAUUAAAAUAUCAAAAUGAGAAAUUAGCCAAAUAUUUAAGAGCUUAUGUGAAGUAAUGAAAAAUGGACAAGCAAUGAAAAUUUUGAGUUAGUUUCUACGAGUUUAUUUUUGUGUCAAGAAAAUGCUGAUAAUAAUUUUAACUUGGCUCCAAUACUGUCUUGAAUAUUAAUCGAGGCUAUCUAAUUUUUUUGCAGUGUACCUAGGUACUUUUACUACUUUUUUUCACCUGUCCACGUUCCUUUUCAAAUUUGAUAUAUAAUCGUUGCCAGGCAUUUAAUAAAACUUUGGAAGAGUGUUUAAUUUUUGAUGAGCUGUUUGAUGUGGACAUAAUUUAUUCUCGUGAGUAUUUUGUAGCUUAUAUUAGUUUUUAAGAUAUUAAUGUAUAAAUGAAAACAUAUAAUUGGCAUAGCUUCUCUAGAAAAAAAUAUGUUAGCCAUUCAUCAGGAAAAGUUAUGCCAAUAUGUCAAUUAUAAUCAACAAAAAAAAACUACUAGCCAGAUAACAAUCUCAAAAGUGAUUAAUUUUAUUUUUUAUAACGGCUUGCAUUGACCAAGCAAUAGAUAGUUUUUAGAUAUAUGAGGUAACUCAUGGGCUUUCUCCACUUUAUAGUAAGGAAUUUUUCGCCGUGUCUAG